ACAAAGGCAGCUCUCUGGAGUCUAUACCGUUAGAGAUAUCCAUAGCGCUCUCCGCAAGCAACGUUAUCGAUGCGAAGCUAAACCUAGGACUCGGGAGGGAAUCGAGAGAGCGAGAAGAGGAGGAGGAGAUCGCUACGGUUAGGAUUUUGGUCGAAUCUCGGUGUCGCGGGGCGAUCGGUGAUGGCGUGAUGGGUAUGGCUGCGGGAGGGAUCGGGCCUCUCACGUAAAAGCCCUCCUUCUCUCUGUUCGCGUUUCCUCUUCUCCUCUCUCUUUCCGUUCCCUCUGGCCGAGGCCUGUUGUGGCUACUGUUUCUUGAGAAGAACCGGAGGGAGGGAGGGAGGUGAGAAUUCAGGGGAUUGUAGUUUUUGCUCCGGUUGUGGAUUCAGGGAUCGUGAUUGUGAUAAGCAUGCUGACUUCUCCUUCCAACGAAAGGUUACAUAGUUGAUGACAGGUUGGGUGAUGGUAUCUUCUUGGCUUCAAAGUCUGUGGAGUGAUUUAAGUUUGCACUUUCCAGCCAUCAUUCACACAUGAAGCCACAUCAGGAAUGGUUUCUCUCUGUUGGGCAAGUCUUCUUGGGCGGCCACAUCAAAAAUGGUUUCUAAAAUAAACUUUUCUUUGGAGGGCAAAUCUCCUUUGGCAUUGAUUAUCUAGGAUAAAUAGUAGUUUCGGCAAAAGCAUCCAUUAUUAGCAAAAUUAGCUAUUCAAGAAUAUUUUUUGUGGUCAAUAUAUGCCGCAUAUUCUGCUUUGUCGGACAAAUCUCCUCUGGCAGGGAAGAAACUUGUGAAAGCUUUUUCCUUUUUUCUGGGCAAUUCUCCUUUGGCAACAAAUAUUUCAUCAUGCAGGGCAAAUCUCCAUUGGCAACUAGUAAUUAAAAUCUGCUCUCAAGGGCAAAUCUCCUUUGGCAACAAAUAUUUCAUCGUGCAGGGCAAAUCUCCUUUGGCAACUAGUAAUUAAAAUAUGCUCUCAAGGGCAAAUCUCCUUUGGCAGUAACAGAAUCAGAUACAGGUCGAACUCCUGCAUCUUUUAUCUGGGCAAUUCUCCUUUGGCAUCAGGUUCCUGGCUCAUCGAACAUCACAGCAUAUUAGUCAUACAAAAACCAGUUGCUGUUCUGUAUGGCUUUAUUGUGAUCUCAUCAGUUCAUCUCUGAGAAGUAAGCUUGACCAUAAAAGUUCGUGAGCUGAAUAAGUCUCUACCUAUUUGUCUCUACAUAUCAAUUUGACUUCUGAAAAUAAUCAAACUUAAAGGAAUUACUGGCACCUUAUACAUUAUUUGGAAGAUUAUCUAUAUAUAAAGAUUGUCUUUGUGUUUAUAGCAGAAUUGUAGCUAGCGUUCCAUACAUUCAGUCCCUUCUUAGAUAAAAACAGGAAUUUGAAAGAUGGAUCUGCUUGUUAUUGACUCAGAGAGUGAGGCCUACACAGAUGCCAGUGAUAGUGAGGAACAAGAUGACACGGAAUCGGCAUAUGGUGGGCAUGCUCAGAGCAUCCUGUCAAGUCUGGAUGAGAGCAUUGGAAAAAUUGAUGACUUUCUUGCAUUGGAAAGAGGCUAUGUACAUGGUGACAUUGUCCGCUCCACCACGGAUCCCUCAGGGCAACUAGGCCGGGUUAUGGAUGUUGAUAUGAUGGUAGAUUUGGAGACAAUUUCUGGUGAACUGAUAAAAGAUGUAAACAGCAAGAAGCUUCUUAGAAUCAGGUCCUUUGCACCUGGGGACUAUGUAGUUCAUGGGUCAUGGCUUGGAAGGGUGGAGAGAGUAUUUGAUUUGGUUACAAUUUUGUUCAAUGAUGGGGCGAAGUGUGAAAUAUUGGUGAGAGACUCCGAUAUUUUAACACCUCUUCCUACGGACCUUCUUGAAGAUGCACCAUAUCCAUACUAUCCAGGUCAGCGUGUGAGGAUUAAUGUUCCAACAAUUUCCAAAUCUGCGAGAUGGUUGUGUGGCUCAUGGAAGGUCAGUAGAGAUGAAGGUACUGUUUGCCAUGUGGAUGUAGGAUCAGUGCGUGUUAUUUGGAUUGCUUCCAUCAUGAUCAGCUGGGGCAUCCAUCCAUCAACUCCUCCUUAUUACCAAGAUCCAAGAAACCUUACUUUGCUCUCCUGUUUUCCAUAUGUGAAUUGGCAACUUGGUGAUUGGUGUACACUUUCAGAUGAUUACUCCCAUGAUACACAGGUGGCUGCUGAAAAGUCAGCACCUCUGAACACUGCCCCAAGGAGCCUGACCAAAAUGCAGAAGGAAUUGGGAAUAAAUGGUCGAGAUUAUAAGCAGUUGUAUGUUAUUGCAAAGACCAGGAGCAAGGUUGAAGUCCUGUGGCAAAAUGGUGGUUACUCAGUUGGUCUAGACCCACAAACCUUGUUCCCAGUGAAUGAUCUGGAUGAUCAUGAUUUUUGGCCAGGGCAUAUUGUGUUGGAGAAGGUCAUAUUAGAGGAUGUGCAUGUACCAAGGCAUCAACGCCUGGGGAUUGUGAAAAGUGUGGAUGCACAUGAACGGACUGUGAAUGUGAAAUGGUUAGCCCCGGAGGUGAAACAGGCUGUUGAUUUUAGUGGUGCAUCAAGUGUGGAGAUGGUUAGUGCUUAUGAACUGGUUGAAAAUCCUGACAUCUCCUAUUGCAUUGGUGACAUUGUGUUUAGACAUGUUCCAAAUUUUGAGGACAUGGAAAAUAACCUUGAGUUCCAUAGUUUUGGGCAGAGACAACUGCAUAAUGUACAUGAGCAAAUACUAAACAAUUCACUUCUAAGAAAAGAUGCUCUUCAAAAGAAGCACAUUGAUGAAGCUCAUGAUGAAGAUUUUCAAGGUUAUUUAUCAUAUAUAGGCAAUGUCAUAGGUUACAAGGAUGAAUGUAUUCAAGUAAGAUGGGCUAGUGGUAUUGUAUCUAAGGUUCAGCCUUUUGAAAUUAUUGGAUUAGAUAGACUUCUUGAUUCUGCUUACACACCAUCAUCUAUUGAGGAAUCAAUUCCUGCAACUGUUAGCAAAGAAAUAGCGGAGCAAGAGAAACAGUUAUUGCAUAAGAAAGAAAAGAAUAUUGUAAAUGAUACCAGUGGAGAUUGCUUGAAGAAUGUGUGGAGAAGUACUGCUUUUUUGUUUCCCCGAGCAGCUUUUGGAUUCCUUACAAAUGUUGCUGCAAGUCUAUUUGCGUCUCGUGGUUCCACUUCUCUGUCUGGCUCAAAGAAGGGAGCGUCUGAAUACAAGAUUCUGAAGACAGAAGAACUUAAAUUAGAUCUACAUGAUUUAGAUCCAGAAAAUUUGAAGCAGCGAGUAGAAGAAGCUAAACAGAGUGAAGAACCAAUAUUUUUGUCAGGCAAUGGCACACCAACAAACUUCAAGCAAUUUGAUAUUGUUGACGAUUACUCAGAUCAUCAUUUUCUAAGUAGUGCUGGCGGUAAUUUGCUAUCAUCUCAGGUAACAAGAGGUUGGUUGAAGAAAGUUCAACAAGAAUGGAGCAUCCUAAAGAAGGAUCUACCAGAUAGUAUUUUUGUUAGAGUUUAUGAGGAAAGAAUGGAUCUCUUGAGGGCAUCAAUUGUUGGAGCACCUGGAACUCCCUACCAUGAUGGCCUUUUCUUCUUCGAUAUUUUCUUUCCUCCUGAUUAUCCUCAUGAACCACCUCUGGUUCACUACAAAUCUGGUGGGCUUCGUUUAAACCCAAACUUAUAUGAGUCGGGAAAGGUCUGUCUAAGCCUUCUUAAGACAUGGACGGGCACUGGCACUGAAGUCUGGAAUCCUGAAAGCUCCACUAUUCUUCAAGUGCUGCUAUCCAUUCAGGCCCUUGUUCUCAAUGAGAAACCGUAUUUCAAUGAGGCUGGGUAUGACAAACAGAUUGGUAGAGCUGAGGGUGAGAAGAACUCCAUCUCAUAUAAUGAGAAUGCUUUUAUACUGUCAUGCAAGUCGAUGUUAUACCUCUUGCAGAAUCCACCUAAGCAUUUUGAGGCACUUGUGGAGGAGCAUUUUACUCGUAGGUCACAUGACAUUCUUGUUGCCUGCAAAGCUUAUUUGGAUGGUGCUCAGGUUGGACAUGCUUACACAUGGGCAAAGGUGCUAGACCAAGGUCACAAGAACUGUUCCCAUGGUUUCAAGAUCAUCCUUGCAAAACUUUUCCCAAAGCUUAUAGCAGCCUUUACAGAAAGGGGGAUUGAUUGCAGUCAGUUUCUUGACCAAAUUCAUGAAUGUCCUGGUAAAAAUAAGGACUCGAACGGAACAAUGGAACAAGAAAGGCAUGGUCCUUCAAAAAACCGGAAGACCCAGGAUCUCUUUUUCCCUCCCCAUCGGAGGUCAAUCUCUCCCCCAAUUAUCGCUUCCUAUCCCUUUGCUUCUCCCUUCUCUCGCUCGCCAUCGGAGCGAUCGCGUCGAAACCCUAGCAACCGCCGGCGGAGCGGGCCCCGGCGCCGAUCCGAUCGCAGGCCCUCCGAUCGUCGGCAUUGGUUGUCCCCGGCCGGCUCCAUGGAGCCGCCGCCGGCCGCCAACUACGCCACCCACAAUUCCAAGCUUCGCCUUUUCUCCGCGGGGGCGUCGUACCAGGAUCCGGAUGUCAUGGAGGUUCCCUCAUCGUCGGCGUGGAGUUCCGGCCAUCAGAAGCGAAAGCGGGGUCAGGUUGUUCCUCAUGAUGUGAUUGAGAUUGAUGGAGAUGAUGAUCCUGAUGGAGUUGUGAUCAUUGGUGAAAGCACAUCAGAUUACAAGAACAAGCAACCUAUGGGAUACCAUAAAGAUUGGCAAAAGCAUGUAAAGGAAGCUUUGUCCAAUGAUCUUGUGGGUUCGACAUCAAAUCAUGACUCCAUGAAUGAUGCUCUGCUAGGAGCCUUCAAAAAUUCUGAGCCUGGCCCACCGGAUUAUGGCUUUGCAGAUGACUAUGAAUAUGAUGACUGUGAUAACGAUGAAGAUGAUUAUGAAGGAUAUGAGUAUGAUACAGAGUUAAUUGAUAAUGAUUGCAACUUUAGUUUGGCUGCUAAAUUUGAUGAAAUGGACCUGCCUCCUGGGGUGGAGGCAACCGUACCUUGGUUAGAGAAGCCUGCAUCUGAAAGGCCAAGAACAAACAAGCAGAAGAUAGUGAUUGAAGAUGAAAUUGAUGUGAAAUAUAAAUCAUUUAAACAAUUUGAUACUGUUCAAGAUCAUUCUGAUCAUUAUUUUAGCAGACCAGAGCUUCUCAAACAUAUUCCAACAGUAAAGAAGCCAGCAAAGGAUUGGUCAAAAAGGAUUCAGAAUGAUUGGAAGGUCCUUGAGAAAGAUUUACCGGAGACGAUAUAUGUUAGAAUUUAUGAAGAUAGGAUGGACAUUCUUAGGGCUGUUAUCGUUGGACCAGCUGGAACUCCUUAUCAUGAUGGCCUAUUCUUCUUUGACUUCUACUUUCCUCCCAGCUAUCCCCAUGAUCCUCCGAUGGUACAUUACCACUCAGGUGGUCUUCGACUCAAUCCAAAUUUGUAUGCAUGUGGGAAGGUUUGUCUCAGCCUUCUGAACACCUGGAGCGGCAGUGGAUGUGAGAAGUGGAACCCAUCAAAGUCAACCAUGCUGCAGGUCCUUGUCUCUAUCCAGGCUCUAGUUCUGAAUUCAAAGCCUUACUUCAAUGAGCCAGGAUUUGCUCAGACAGCUAAUACACCCUAUGGAGAGAAGAAAUCCCUGGCUUACAAUGAAGAUAUUUUCCUCUUGUCCUGCAAGACAAUGCUGUAUACACUACGGAGGCCACCAAGGAACUUUGAGGACUUCGUGGCAGGACAUUUUCGCAAGUAUGGACACACAAUCCUUGUUGCAUGCAGAGCUUACAUGGAUGGAGCACAGGUUGGGUGUGUUGUGGGAAAUGGGGUGCAGGAUGUUGAUGAGGGUGAUAAGAGUUGCUCGUCAACAUUCAAGAGUUCACUAAGGAAGCUUUUUGAGGAUCUCUUGAUGGAGUUCACCGUCAAAGGAGCUGAUUGUGAUGAAUUUCUUGCUCAGAAGGUCAAAGAUGGUGCUGCCAGAGCAGCAGACACUACUCUAAAGCUAUAAGUUCAAGUUCAAAAACUAAAAUAAUUUUGCCAUGAAGGCAUCUAGUUCACAUUUACUUUCCAUAUAGAUUAGACUGGACAGGAGAAUUAGUGUGUAGCUUCCUAACUUAUCUAUCAGGGAAAUGUUAUGUAAAUAUCCCUAGCUCAUGAUUUUGAUGCUUGAAUAGGUACUCCUUAUACUUUGCUUGAAAUUGUCUAUAUUAGUAUAGAGAUCUUAACUUAUGAUUUA